UUUAGGCUGACGUGUACGGAGGAGAAACCAAAACCCAAGUAGUUCCUCCCCUUCUUCAUCUCUGUCCGUUGUCACUCUGGAUUUAAGAAAUGUAAUCCAGGACAUUUGACGUUUAACCACGCAGCCAGGGAUGGUGAGGGGGGGGAUGCAGUGCAAGGAGGAAAUUCUGGGACUGACCCAUUUUAAGCAGGGCUUGGUGUAAACCUCAGAGAUGCUGUCACCCCAUGGUCCUGGACCACGGUUUGCCUAAAUUCUACAUAAAUUGAAAUUUAGAAGGAAGUGUCAGGCAGCAUCGUAACGGGGGGACUCUCCAAUGCUGUGUGUUACCAUGUCUGGAUUGAUUAGCCAUUCUGUUUAGGCUGCAGACUUCAGAAAGGCUCUCAUAUGGUACAGCUCAGCACCUGCCCACCACACUCUCCUUCAGGUCUAGUGUGGGAAGAUCUUCCAGGAGUGCUGGAGAGCACAGGCUGUGCUGCACUGCUCAGAUUCCCUUGAAUUCAGCUCAGAAUCAACUACCAAGUCCAUUUUGUUCAAAAGCCCAGCUAGAGGAGCAAAAGGCAGAGUCAGCCCUGCCUGGCUAUAUCUCACCCUCUCCCACCUUCUCUAGAAACUAGGCCCCCAAUUUCAGGCUUCUCUUGGCACGUGUCUUGGUUUUGUGGCAUGUAUCUUGGGGACGUGUGUGUCCCUGCAGUCUUUUUGCCUUUGUGUGACAUUUGGCAGCCAGGAAGCUAACAGAAAGCCUUUUGUCUUAAACAAAAAGGGAAGGUCCUGGGGGCUCCCAAAAUCAGAGUGGGGGAUACUGAUACAUCAGGGAGGAUAUGAAAUUCUAAAUAUCUUGUGUGAAACCUCUGGCUCUGGGCUGCAGGUGAAGCUGCCAACAGGGAGGUUCUCCAUGAUCAUUGUCUACAGAAGAGUUGGUAAGGCGAUCCUUAAUAUUUGCUUUUUUUCAAGAGAACAGCAGUGAUUCCCUUGUUCCCCCCUCCCUUUUGCCUCCAUGGCCGUGCUACAUGAUGGAGCUCUCUGCUGGUUGCCCAUAGCAAAACCCAUAGCACAGCACGUUCUAGAACACCUGGAAAGGUUUAGAGCAGCUGGAAGGGUUCCAGAGCCGUGUCUCGGACACCUAGGAUGGAGAUGGGGCUGCUGGGAGCCGUCCUGCUCCUCUGCAUGGCAGAUGUUCUCCACUCCUUUGCGAUUGAGGAGAAAGAAGACAUAUUCAGGCGCAUGGUGUGUCCUGCUUUCCUGAUGUUCGACAACGCCGCCUACCUGGCCGACAUGACCUUCGAGCUCCCCUGCAACUGCAAGCCCGAGGAGGUCUCCAACGUCGUCUGGUAUUUCCAGAAGAACAUGGGAGGCCACGAAACCACCGUCCUGACAGACUUUUCUGGCAACAUGGUGCUCGACUCGAGCCACAUCCACGUGGGCACUGACGUCCUGAAGCGUUUCACCAUCCGGAUGUUCAGCCUCAUCGUUUUCCGUGCCCAGGUGUCAGACUCGGGUCACUACCUGUGUGGCACCCAGAGAGGGGAUUUUUUUUACGGCUAUGACGUGGACGUGCAGCCCACCAAGCACAUCACGGUGGCGUUCUUGGACGUGGGACAGCACGUCCAGGAUGAUCACACGGCGAAGGCCUUCAGUCUCUUCACCGCCUUCUGGGACUGGACCACGUGCGACCGCUGCGGGGUGCGAGGCGAGCAGAGGCGCAUCGGGCUCUGCUACGUGCAGAGCGCCCGGCUGCACCCGCGCUACCGCACCGUGCUGCCCAACGUCACCUCCUGCGGCUCCAGGGCCGUUCCGGCGCGGCUCCAGCGCUCCAGCCACCGCCGGAAGCCCGAGGUGGCGAUCCGGAGCUGCGUGGCCCCGUGUCCGCAGGAGGACGACCCACAGGAAGGCGUGCAGGCCAUCUCCAACGUCAUCCACAAGCUGGGCCAGAAGCCCUGGCUGCCCCGCGUCCCCACGCAGUUCUACAAGCAUCCCCUCGGAAGAGAUCUGGUCAUCGCCUGCCCCGGGGCCCGGCCCGAGCACGCCGUGGCCUGGGACAAGGACUCCGUGCGGCUCUACCGCUCCCGCUACCUCGUGGGGGUCAACAGGAGCAUGCGCGUCUUCAUCGACCACGGAAACCACCUGCACGUCCGCCGGGUCCGCUUCAGCGACGGAGGCACCUACCUCUGCUGGAGGGAGGGCAAGCUGGUGGCCGGGCUGCGGCUCCGUGUGAGCUACCAGGCUCAGCGCCGCCGCUCGCUCGACGACCCCGAGACGAUCUACGUCAUCAAGGCCAUCGGCGUCAGCUACGUCCUCGUCGGGGCCAUCUUCAUCGGCGUCCACUCGUGCCGCUGCUGCUGGUGGGUGCUGCGGCACUCUGUGAGGAUUUAGGGUCAAUCUUACACCUCGCACCGUUCCCUGGUGGGAAAUUUAUGAGGUUGUGAUUGCUGGAAAUGCGGCCGCUGCCCUCCUAUCCUCUGCUCGGGGUCGUGCAGCGAUGGAGACCAAAGCAGAAAGUCCCGUUGCGCUGUGGCAGGGAUUUCCCACCGCCGUGUCACUUCCUGGCUUCGCUGAAGGCUUGCGGUGGGCUUUUAGCCUCAGUG